GGAUACUUGACAGCGUGUCUUGCCAAAGUGUUGGGGAGAAAGAUGAUAGAGAGUGAGAGAGAUAGUAGGUUUUUAGAUUUGUGAUGCGAUUCAAUAUAAAAUAUUAUGACACGUUUGUGUUUAGGAAGUGUACUCUUUUAAGCGAUUAAUAUUAUGUUUCUGUGAUUUGUAUAGUAAGGGAUGUGUUUCUACGUCAUGUAUAUCGUAAGGAAUUGCUUACAUAUGUUAGAUAUGAACAUCCGUCAAUUCUGCGAGAUCUAGUAUCGGUUUGCGGUAGUUUGAAUCGAGGAUCAAAGCUGUUUCAAGAGAGUCAACAGCUACAGCUACCACAAUGAUUCCAUUAUCUCAUAGGGAUUCGAAUAGAAGCUACAACAACAGUAUACCAUCUUACAUUAAGGAAAAAAUAGGUGGCUGGGUUCGUUUAAUUUUCGCCGACCGGAACUCUAGAAACUUAUUUUUAUUUUUAAUAUUGAAUUUGUCGUUUGCGGUAGUUGAACUUUUAUACGGGGUAUGGACCAACAGUCUGGGACUAAUAUCGGAUUCAUUCCAUAUGUUUUUCGAUUGCACGGGUCUAGUAGCGGGGCUUGCGGCAUCGGUCAUCACCAAGUGGCGUGCCAACGAUAAGUACUCUUACGGGUAUGUGAGGGCCGAGGUUUUGGCCGGCUUUGUCAACGGACUGUUUUUGUUGUUUAUAGCGUUCUUUAUACUGUCGGAAGCGGUGGAACGUGCUAUAGAACCACCGGAGGUGAAGCAUGAGCGCUUGUUCGUGGUUUCGGUGCUAGGCUUACUGGUGAACUUGGUCGGUAUUUAUGCAUUCCAACAUGGCCACGGACAUUCGCACGGAGGGGGGUCAGGUCAUGGACACUCUCAUGGAGGCGGUGGCCACUCGCACAACCAUGCGCACAACAAUCACGAUCAUGGAGGCCACGGACACAGUCACGACUUCACGGGCAACGGCAACUCACAGAUCAUGAAGGGUGUGUUUCUGCACAUACUGGCCGACACUCUGGGAAGUGUCGGUGUCAUCAUAUCGGCCGUGCUGAUGCAGAUGUUCGGCUGGAUGAUCGCCGACCCAAUCUGCUCCAUGUUCAUAGCCAUCCUGAUCGGACUGAGCGUACUAAGUCUGAUCAAGGAGUCUGUGAUGAUUCUGAUGCAGCGACAGCCGGUGACGCUGGACGCUGUGCUGCCGCAGUGCUACCAGAAAGUGAUGCAACUGCCCGGUGUCUACAGCAUCCAGGAGCCGCACUUCUGGACGCUGUGCAGUGACUUCUAUGUGGGUGCUCUGAAACUGGAAGUGACCGAAUCGGCCGACCCCAAGUACGUUGUCAGUCACACGCAAAUGAUAUUCACCGCUGUCGGUGUCAGGCAGUUGUAUGUACAGUUGGACUAUGCUGCCAUGUGAUCUAUUGUAACCACUAGUAAAUUACUCGACAGGCAGUGUGCUCUUUGUCUGCACAGACACACUACGCUGUCUCUCCUAACUUAUUUGAGCAACGCCAUCUGUUCUUAUUCUCCAUUAGCUAGUAAAUUGAGCAAGAUAACAACUGCUGACAGAAUCAAUGACUACCUUAUUGUUUGAUGUUUCUAUGUGUAGACUAUGUUUAAGAAACAUAAGGCUGAUAUUACACUAUAAUAGUUCUAUCAUAGAGAUCGCCAUAAUAUAUUCAUAAAUAUUAUGAACAAAUUCCGAACGAGGUGGAUGCGAAAAAAGAAAAACUGGAUUUUCUCUAGAAAUAAAAAUCUGGUGGACAAACUAAAAAUAAACUCUAUGGGGUUUAUUAAUAACAAUAAUAAUAAACAUUGUUAAUAAAAUAAUAAUUAUUAUUAUAUUUGUAUCGUGUUAUCAACUGCUAACAGAAUAAAUGACCACCUAAUUAUUAAUUUUGUUAAUAACUUCUGAUUAGCUUGUCAGUCUGAUGCCCUAAAGUUACUGUGAUACUAUUAGAUAUUCAAAUUAAAUUAAAUCGAUUUAUGAAUUUUAUUAUAUUUAUACACUAACACAGUAUAAAACAGAAAUAUACUACCAUAAUUGUUGACUAAACAGUUUCAUCCGGCCAACUCCAAUUUUGGCCAAUAUUCUGUAUGUCCCAAAAACAUGUUUCAUGGCUCUAGAAGUUAUAAAAUAAUUCUAAAGUCAUAGCUUUUGUAUGUCAUUGUGUUCUUCCAACUAGGUUACUUGAUAAAUUCGUUUAUGAUUGAUUCUUUUGCUUUUCUGUAAAAUGUUUUUAGUUUGUCCACACUAUUUAUUGUCAGAAAAUAUUUAUUUGUAUAAGUAUUACAGCAUAAAUGUUUCAGUAGUUACAAAUUUUCCACAACGUAUUUCUGAAUUAAUUGCUGUAUUCGUCAAAGUAUGAAAUAUGACAGUCAUCAUAAAGACGGAUUCCCACAUAUCAGUAUCAGUGAACGUCUCCGUCACAGUGAGAGAUACGGUCAAAUGGAACUAUUAAUACUCUCUUGAACGGGAGUGGGAAUAGUCUCAUUAGAACACUUGGGUAUUAUAUUUCCACUGUACCCGUCACUGACUGACACGAAUGUGUGGAAUCCGGCUUAUUCAUCGUAAUAUAAUAAAAAUUGGAUUUAAUCAAUCACUAUACGAUUAUAGACCGAUGUCUUAGCGGGUUUAAGAUAUAUGACUAAAGUGUCAAAUUAGGUAGGUUAAGAAGGUUAUGAAAGUUUUCAUACCAAAACCUGCUCACACUAAAAAUUGUGACCUGAUUACACAGAAAAUUGGUUUCAGUCUUUUGAAGACAGGGCAGCCAGCUGUUGUCUCAAUUUGGUAAUUUCUGCAUAUUUUUCGGUAAUUUCGGCAUAUUUUUGCAACAAUUCCUCCCGCAACUGAUAGUGUCAAUAAUGGUAGAAAAUUACAAUUUUUUCUACCAACUAUUAAAAUACUCGUUUCAUUAUUCAAUUAUAAUUAUUCUCAUCGUAGAAAUGUUUAUAGAUCUUUGCCAAAAAGCCAUUUAUAGUGUUUGAUCUGAUAAAAUGUAUUACACUUGAAAUACUAAUAUUAUAUUUGUUAUAUUAAAUAGUAAUAUUUACCGUCUUAUGAAUAAAGUGGAACGUCACUUUCAUUGCUCAUAGAUAUAUUUUAGUGUAAUAUCAGCACUGUUCUACACAUCUCCAGGAUUGUCGUUGAUGGAAAUCAUUAUUCAUUUCAAAAAGUCUCUUAAAAUACUUAAAGAGAUCUUUUGGUGUAGUUCGUGUAACUAAUUAAAUUUAAUUUUACGUUCAUUUCUCAUGUACUUUAAAGUCAUGUCGUUAUUUUUAUUUUCAAUUCCUGGUAUUAGGACUGGUAUGAAUCAGUUUUUUUUCUUUAAUGAUUACAAAGAAUAUUUUAUAAUAUAUUUUCGUAUUGAAUCCCCAAUUUUAUCUUUGAAUAUAAUAUGAGGUUACCUAUUGCAAUCGGAUGGACUAUUCAAAAGUUGUUGCAAAUUACUUUUAAAAAAAUGUAUAGAGCUUUACUGUGAAUUCUAUUUUUCAAACUUUGUUCUAGAAAACCUUUAGUAAAAAAGCGCUCCUCCACUGUCUCUUUACAUUAUCUGAUUACAGAAUUGAGUUAGAUUAUGUCCAAUUCCUCCAUAGGAAUCAAUCCCUCGCGAUUAUUCUCAUCUUUGGAACAUUGUCUCCUCUUCUCUCCAUCACUUGAAUCUGAUCCUCAUAUUACCUUUGAACAGGUUAUUUAUCAAGAAUGCAUGUUAAAUGAUGAACUAUACUCUAUUCAUGUAUACAACUUACUCUAUCGGCAGGUGAGUCUCCUUAGUAAGGUCUCUUAGUAUUCGAAUGUGCACCUUAUCUGCCAAUACAGGGUAGAAAAUAGCCUUGGGUUGAGUUUCAUCACUAUUUAAAUCUUAAAGGAUUCUCCAGGUAUGCUGCUGAUUUUUAUAUCCAGACUCUCGACUAUUCCUUUCAUAUCAUAUUAAUUCACAUGUAUCAAUAAAAAGUUCACAAACUCAGAUUACGAACUGAUGACGAGUUAUAAAAAUCUGAGAUUUUACAGAAAUAGAGUAACUGAAAAAACACUGAUUUUAUUUUCAAGAUCCAAUAAAAUUGAUCCUCAUGAAAAGUAAAUCUCAUGUCUCAAGUAAAUCAGUUUUAUAUAAAAAAAUGAAAACUAAAGGCCAGUAAAUUUACGACUGAAAAUUGAGAAAUAAUAGAUCAUCACUGACAACAAUCUGAGAAUAAAUGUGUAGGUAGUGAACAUUUCUUGGCGGGUAAUAAUUUGUCGAGAAAUUGAUUUCUAUUCCCUUCAUAAAGUUUAUUCAAUGUUAAUUUUAUUUUAAGUAUAAUAUGAUAUGUAGUAUUUAUGAAGAAUGAAUGCUCGUUUGUCAAGAACAAAUUACCUGUGUAUGUUAUUCAGAAUGUGUAACUGUAAAAUUGUUCUGGUUGUGGAUUCUUCGAUGAGUGUUAUGUAGGCCUAUGUAAAAUUUGAUUGAGCCCUGUAAGAAUAAAUGUAAUGAUGACUGUUUGGAAU